GUGGGAAACAUGAAACGGUUUUGGUCGAAGAUGUUUUGAACAGAAAAGAUCAUUUUAAACUCUAUAUAACAAAGCGCCGUUAAGAUGAAGAGCGUUUUUAUCCUCGAUGACAAAGCCUGGGCCGGUUCUAAUCUGCUCUAUAGGUGGCAGAAAUCCCUUGGUAAUUACAUCGCUGUUGCUGGCCAGGACAACUCAGUGAAAAUUUUUGAUCGGCAUGGACAAAAGUGGACUGAACUCAACCUUCCAGGACGCUGUGUUGGAAUGGACUGGGAUAAAGACGGGGACAUUUUGGCAGUGAUAGCUGCAAAAUCCAGCUCCAUUUACCUCUGGGAUGCCAGUGUCAACAAGAUAUCACAGAUAGAGGGCGGCAUGAAAGACCAGAUGUCCUUCCUCCUGUGGUCAAAGAUCAGCCCGCUGUUGGCAGUCGGGACAGUUAAAGGAAACCUGCUGAUCUACAAUCAGCAAACCUCACGCAAGAUCCCUGUGCUGGGUAAACAUACAAAAAAGAUCACCUGUGGGUGCUGGAAUUUUCAGAAUCUACUCGCUCUGGGUAGUGAUGACAACACUCUGAGCAUCAGCAAUCAUGAGGGGGACACGGUCCGACAGACGACACUUCGUGGUGAGCCUGCUGAGAUUUUCUUUUCGGUGAUGAAGACGGAUGAAAGAUCUGCUGUUGGAGAGAGCACCGUGAGUGUGUCUGUGGACAAGAAGAUACUGAUGCUCUUCAAUUUCAAUGACCCUGACAACCGGAUAGAAUUGACCUUCCAGCGUCACUAUGGAAACAUUGUGUCCUACCGCUGGUAUGGUGAUGGGUACAUACUGAUCGGCUUCUCCCAUGGAUACUUUGUGGUUAUUUCCACUCACAUCAGGGAGAUCGGGCAGGAGCUCUAUCAGGCCCACAACCACAAAGACAGUCUCAACAGCGUGGCCAUCUCAGCGUCGUUAAACAAAGCCGCCUCCUGUGGGGACAACAGCAUAAAGAUCCACGAGCUGUCGGAGCUUAAAGAUAUCAGCAACGUAGUUCGGCUGGAUGAUGAGACCAAAGGUCUGGACCAGAUGAGCUGGACGGAUGACGGACAGCUGUUGGCGGUUUCCACACAGAAAGGGACACUGCACGUCUUCUUGACCAAGCUACCCAUCCUGGGUGGCAGCUUUGGAACCCGUCUGGCGUACCUCACCUCGCUGCUGGAGGUCACGGUGUCCAACCAGGUUGAAGGGGAAAGUCCUGUGGCCAUACAAGUGGAAAUAGAGCCAACUUUUAUCGCGAUGGGACCGUACCAUGUGGCUGUGGGAAUGAACAACAGAGCCUGGUUCUACGCCUUGGUCGACCAUGAACCUGGUUUUAAGAAGCUAAAGGACAUUGAGUACUUGGGGACAAUAGCCAGCAUGUGCCUUAACUCCGACUACGCAGCAGCUCUGUUUGAGGGAAAAGUGCAGCUUCACAUGAUUGAAGGCAAAGACCUGGAGGAGAAGAAGCAGAUGAAGCUGUUUCCAGAUGACGAGAUAAAAAGUCGGAUCCUCUGCCACGCCCUUACCGCUGACUUCCUCUACUACAGCACUGAUUCAGGUCAUGUGGUGUGUGUGUUGGUGGAAGACUGGGAAACUGUGAGCAGCUACAGUCACACGGUUGGUGUGAGGAAAGUGUUCCCCGACCUUAACGGCACUCGUCUGGUUUUCAUUGACGAGAGGAAUGGCGGCUUCCUGCUCUCUCCUACAAACGCAACAAACACCUGCUUUGAGCUCCCAAACUUCUCUCCCACCAUCACCGGAGUGCUGUGGGACAACUGGCACGCUGACAGAGGAGUGUUUGUAGCUUAUGAUGAAGAGAAGGUUUACACCUACGCGCUGCAUAAAACGACCAUAUACGGUGAGCCCCGAGUGGUGCUGGUGGGUAGCACCCCUCUCCUCUUUUCCCAGAAGCCUUUGCUCUUGCACAAUGGAGAGCUCACGUGUCAGACAGCCAGCGGAAAGACCAGUGAAGUGGCUUUGAGCACUCACCCCUUCCUCAAGCGCUCAGCUGGCACACCAGUAGACUCACAGCUGGAUUUCAGCAAGCAGCUCGGCCAAGCUCUACUGCUCAAGAGGUUUCACGAAGCGUGGGAUCUGUGUAAGUCUGCCGGCAGUAGCUCAGACUGGGCAGAGUUAGGGAAAGCCUGUCUGGUCCACAUGGAGGUGGAUCUGGCUAUCCAGGUGUACCGCAUGAGCGGGGAUGUGGGCAUGGUGCUGUCACUGAAGGGCACCCAGGGAACAGAGGACAUGAAUUUGCUGGCUGGACAUUUGGCCAUGUUUCUAGGGGACUACAAUGUGGCCCAGGACCUCUACAUGUCCUCAAGUUGCCCAAUCGCUGCCCUGGAGAUGAGGAGAAACCUGCUGAAUUGGGACAGUGCUCUCAUGUUGGCAAAGAGGUUAGCAGAAGACCAGAUUCCCUUCAUAUCCAAAGAGUACGCUGUCCAUCUGGAGUUUAUUGGAGACUAUGUGAACGCUCUUGCUCACUAUGAAAAAGGCAUGACCCAUGAUGCUAAAUUUGAGGAGCAUGACGACGCGUGUAAAGCGGGUGUAGCCAGGAUGUCCAUCAGGAUGGGCGACAUCAGGAGAGGAGCCGCUCAGGCGAUCCAGCACCCGAGUAGAGUCCUUAAGAAGGAAUGUGGAGCCAUACUGGAGAGCAUGAAGCAAUUCUCUGAAGCCGCUCAGCUCUAUGAGAAAGGCCAGUAUUAUGACAAGGCUGCUUCUGUCUACAUCCGCUGUAAGAACUGGGCAAAGGUGGGAGAUCUGCUCCCACACGUGUCCUCUCCAAAGAUCCACCUGCAGUACGCCAAGGCCAAAGAGGCGGACGGAAAAUACAAAGAGGCUGCACAGGCGUAUGAGAGUGCCAAAGACUGGGACAACGUGAUACGUGUGCUGCUGGACCACCUGAACAACCCUGAGGACGCUGUACGCAUCGUCAAGGAGACGCAGAGCAUCGAUGGAGCAAAGAUGGUCGCCAGGUUCUUUCUGCGCUUGAACGACUACGGCUCGGCCAUCAACUUCCUGGUUCUGUCUCAGUGUAACGAUGAAGCUUUCCAGCUGGCACAGCAGCACGGACAGAUGGAGGUCUACGCUGACAUCAUCGGUCCUGAGGCCACGCAGGAGGACUACCAGAGCAUCGCUCUCUACUUCGAGGGGGAGAAGAAACACCUGCAGGCGGGCAAGUUCUUUCAGAAGUGUGGGCAGUACAGCCGAGCGCUGAAGCACUUCCUCAAGUGUCCCAGCAUUGAGGACAACCUGGCGGUGGAGAUGGCCAUAGAGACGGUGGGUCAGGCAAAGGACCUCUCUCUGACCAAUCAGCUGAUAGAUUACCUGAUGGGAGAGAGUGACGGCAUGCCCAAGGAUGCAAAGUACCUGUUCCGUCUGUACAUGGCGCUGCAGCAGUACAGGGAGGCCGCACGCACCGCCAUCAUCAUCGCCAGAGAAGAGCAGAGUACAGGGAACUACCGUAACGCCCAUGACGUGCUCUUCAGCAUGUACACGGAGCUGCAGUCCCAGAAGAUUAAAAUCCCCGCUGAGAUGGCAACAAACCUGAUGAUCCUGCACUCCUACCUGCUGGCCAAGGUCCAUGUGAAGCGGGUAGAUCACCUGAAAGGAGCGCGCAUGCUCAUUCGUGUCAGCAACAAUAUCAGCAAAUUUCCUGCACAUGUUGUUCCCAUUCUGACGUCCACAGUCAUCGAAUGUCAUCGUGCCGGCCUGAAGAACUCGGCCUUCAGCUUUGCCGCCAUGCUGAUGAGACCAGAGUACAGAAACGACAUCGACCCAAAGUACAGGAAGAAGAUCGAGGCGAUGGUUCGACGUCCGGAUACUUCCGAGCUGGAAGAGGAAACUACCCCGUGUCCUUUCUGUGGCUUCCAGCUGCCACAGAACGAGCUGCUGUGUAUCUCCUGCAAGAACAACCUGCCGUACUGCAUCGCCACGGGUCGUCAUAUGCUGAAGGAGGACUGGUGUGUGUGUCCACACUGUGAAUUUCCUGCUCUCUACUCACAGUUCAUUCUGUUGUUGGAAACCGAGUCAGUGUGUCCCAUGUGCUCGGAGACUCUGAGUGCGAAACAGCUGAAGAAGAUCUCCGAUUGUUCCAGUUACCUGCAGGCUGAAGAAGUGGAUCAGUGAAUAAAACCAAACUAAACAAUAUCAUUUAUGUUCAUCUUCAAAUAAAAGAUUUGUUUGCAGACUUCAGAUCUAUAUUCAGGAUGAAAUGUGCGCAGAAUUUAGUUUUUUAAUGUGAAAAUAAAAGAAUGAACUGAAUAUGAAAUACUUUUCAGAAAGAAUCAAAUAAAGCUUUGUAUAUUUA